CCGGCGCAGGCGCGCCCGGGCAGCCGCUCAGGAAGAGGAAAAUGGCAUAAACAACCCCGGGCGCCGGGACCUCCGAGCAGCGCCGCCGCCCCCCGCCGCGGGGCCGCCCCAGCGGAGCGGAGUCACCUCCCCUCUUUUCUCCCUCCCCCUCCCGCAGCCGGAGCCUCGGGGUGACGGCGGUCCCCGCGCCCCUUCCUCCUCCUCCCCGCCCCGUCCCUCCCUCCCUCCUUCCCCAUGGUGCCGACCCCGGCGGCGGGGCGGCUGCCAUGAACCCCAGCGGCCUGCCCUGCUCCUCGCCGUCGCCGGUGCUGGGGCCGCCGGCGGCGGGGGUCGGCGCGGCGGGGCCGGCGGGCGGCGGCGGGGCGGGGGCCGGAGGAGGCGGAGGCGGCGGGGCCGUGAAGCUGAAGUUCUGCCGCUACUACGCCAAGGACAAGACCUGCUUCUACGGCGAGGAGUGCCAGUUCCUGCAUGAGGAGCCCGGCGCCGCCCCCGCCGGCCCGGGGCCCGCCGCUCCCCUCGGCGCGCUGCCCCUCGGCCUCCCCCCGGCCGCCGCCGCCGCCGGGCCCGGAUACCCGGUGCCUCACGGGGCCAGCCCGGGCCCGGCGGCGGCGGUGGUGGGGCCGAAGAAAGCCGAGCUGGGGGCGGGAGGCGGCGGAGGAGGCGGCGGCGGCGGCGGCGCGGGGCUGGAUGGCCCGCGGCUGGCGAUUCCCGGAAUAGAUGGCGGUGGGUUAGCUGAUGCUAGUCUCACAGAUUCUUACUUUAGCACCAGCUUCAUUGGCGUUAAUGGAUUUGGAAGUCCUGCUGAAUCCAAGUAUCCCAUGAUGCAGAGGAUGACAAAUAGCAGCAGCUCUCCUAGCCUUCUCAAUGACAGUGCCAAGCAAUAUGCAGGCCAUGAUCCGCUAACUUCACCAAAUUCAUCCUUGUUUAAUGACUUUGCUGCCCUCAGUGUGUCUCAAAGGAGAAAGCUGGCAAAACCAGCAUUUCCUUCGUUUAUCACUGACUUGGAGGACAGAUAUAAUACAGUCCUGCCCAGGAAGUAUCGACUGGGGAUGCUGGAUGAGAGGAUAGUUCCGGUGGGAUCAAAAGCAAGAAAAUCAAAGAACCCUAUUGGCUGUCUGACUGACAGGUGUAAAACAGGAGUACCCAUCAAUAUGGUUUGGUGGAACAGAGUCACAGAAAACAAUUUACAGACACCAAACCCCACUGCAAAUGAAUUUAUUCCUAAAGGAGGAUCAACCUCCAGGCUGAGUAGUGUAUCCCAGUCAAGUAUGUCUGCCUUCUCUCAAGCCUUGUUCUCUCAUCCCUCCAUGGGAAAUCCUGCUGCUGCUGGGCUAGCACCAGGAAUGUCACUAUCAGCGGGAUCUUCUCCUCUUCAUUCCCCCAAAAUAACUCCUCAUACAUCUCCUGCUCCUCGACGAAGAAGUCAUACUCCUAACCCAGCAAACUAUAUGGUGCCUACUAGUGCCUCUGCUUCUGUUGCUAACGCUGUCUCUCAGCCUCCAUCUACUGGCCAGGUGAUCCAGAAGGAAACAGUGGGUGGAACAACAUACUUCUAUACUGAUACAACUCCAGCACCUCUCACAGGAAUGGUAUUUCCAAACUACCACAUUUACCAUCCAGCUGCACCUCACGUUGCUUAUAUGCAGCCAAAAGCAAAUGCACCUUCCUUCUUCAUGGCAGAUGAGCUCAGACAGGAACUGAUCAAUAGACACCUAAUAACGAUGGCCCAGGUUGAUCAGGCUGAUAUUCCUGCAGUUCCAGCAGAAGUGGACAGCUACCACAGUCUCUUUCCUUUAGAACCAUUGCCACCACCCAAUCGCAUACAGAAAACAAGCAACUUUGGGUACAUUACGUCAUGCUAUAAAGCUGUAAAUAGUAAAGAUGACCUGCCAUAUUGCCUUCGGAGGAUACAUGGUUUUCGUCUUGUUAACACGAAGUGCAUGGUAUUGGUUGACAUGUGGAAAAAAAUUCAGCACUCAAAUAUAGUAACCUUACGUGAAGUGUUUACCACUAAAGCAUUUGGAGAACAUUCUCUUGUUUUUGCAUAUGAUUUUCAUGCUGGAGGAGAGACUAUGAUGAGCAGACACUUCAAUGACCCUAGUGCUGAUGCCUAUUUCACAAAAAGAAAAUGGGGUCAGCAUGAUGGACCUCUACCACGACAGCAUGCAGGUUUGCUUCCAGAGUCAUUGAUAUGGGCAUAUAUCGUGCAGCUCAGCUCUGCCUUACGGACCAUUCAUACAGCAGGACUAGCAUGCAGAGUUAUGGAUCCAACAAAGAUUCUAGUAACUGGCAAGACAAGGUUACGAGUAAAUUGUGUUGGAAUCUUUGAUGUUUUAACAUUUGACAACAGUCAAAAUAAUCCACUGGCGUUAAUGGCUCAGUUUCAGCAAACAGAUCUGAUCUCCCUGGGGAAAGUUGUGUUGGCUUUGGCUUGCAAUUCUUUAUCAGGAAUUCAGAGAGAGAAUUUGCAGAAAGCAAUGGAACUGGUGACAAUCAACUAUUCCUCUGAUCUGAAGAAUCUGAUCUUGUAUUUGCUGACUGACCAAAACAGGCUUCGCAGUGUAAAUGAUAUCAUGCCUAUGAUUGGUGCGCGAUUCUAUACUCAAUUGGAUGCUGCUCAAAUGAGAAAUGAUGUUAUUGAGGAAGACCUUGCAAAGGAGGUGCAAAAUGGAAGGUUGUUUAGGCUUCUAGCAAAAUUGGGAACAAUCAAUGAGAGGCCAGAGUUUCAGAAAGACCCAACGUGGUCAGAAACUGGAGACAGGUAUUUACUAAAGCUCUUUCGAGAUCACCUUUUCCAUCAAGUGACAGAAGCGGGUACUCCUUGGAUUGACCUCAGUCACAUUAUCUCAUGUCUUAACAAGUUAGAUGCUGGUGUGCCAGAAAAAAUAAGCCUCAUUUCCAGAGAUGAGAAGAGUGUACUUGUGGUAACUUACAGCGAUUUAAAACGCUGCUUUGAAAAUACUUUUCAAGAACUGAUUGCAGCCGCAAAUGGUCAGUUGUAGUAUUUGCUGAAAGCAUGCAGGACAUUGCUGAGGAACUUAACCAAUAGCAAAUUGCACUACAGCUGAAUUGUUGUUGUCAUCUCAUUUCACAUUUGGGAAACAAACAGGAGAUGAGCAAAGCUGCUUGCACUUCAGUCAGGUACACUGUUACUUGAAGGGAAGAAUGUUUCACUUAUCCUAGAGCUAAGGCUGCCAUGGGAGGCUUUAUCUGUGAAGAAUUUAUUUUAGAUUAAGGAACACAUCAGGUGCAUGAUGUUCCUGCUUUUAUUUUUUCCACUUGUAUAUGCACUAAUUUUAAUUUUUUUAAGACUUUUCUGAUCUCUGAAGUUUUGCCACAUUGUAUACUUAAGGGAAACUCUUUGCAAGGACGUUUCUGGGAUACAUUUUUGUCACUGAGGAUAAAGUAAAAUUUAUUCAUUUUUGAUAUUAUUUGCACCCAGAAUAGCAUAAAGGACCAGGUAAAUAAUUUAAUAGAAAUUGUGUUCUAUUAAUUACCAUUUAGUUCGUAACCUCUGUAAAAGUGUGUUGUAUGCAAGCUCUGUAUGCCACCCACUGUUAGCUCGGAAAAAAAGAAGAUGAACCUUUAAAAUUGAUCAGCUCGAAGUAUCACUGAAUUGACCAAAAGCAAAAAAGGAAAGAAAGUUCCCUAUUAUUUGAAUUAAACUUUGUCUAAGCGAAGUGACGAAAAUAGCAUCAUGGGAAACAUCUAUCAUUUAUGGAGCAUAUCAAACUUGCUCUAACCACAACCAUCGCCUUUUAAAAAAAUGUUUGUAUGUUUUCCUGCUAGUCAGAAGCAUUUACAUUUAUGCAAUUUUUAAUAGAUUUUUUUUUAAAAGAAAUUGUGUUAAAAUGCCUGAAGUUUCAGGAGUGUAUUACUUUAGGUUAUUUACAGUAUAAUUUUUGUAUAAAGUUCUGUUCUUUGAACCACAGCUUUAUUAUGGUACGCUACACUGGAUACAGAUACAAAGACACUGUUAACAGAAGAUUAACUAAACACAGCAGUUGUCUGGCAUCAAGAGCUUUUCAAGUUUUACAGCCCGAAUCUGGAGGGAUAAUGAUCUGCUGUGCCUUUGCAGUCACUGCUUAGCCCAAAGUAAUAUUACUUUUGAUAAUACUCAAUACAUGAAUAUUCCUGAAGUAAUUCAGUCUCAAAAGUCUGGAAUUUUCCUCCUCAAUUACCUUUCUAAUAUUUGGACGUGCAGUUGUCUCCAAACUUGGGUAUUCAUGGGAUUUCUAGUUAAACACCUACACUUUGAUACUGAAGACUGCCAAAUACGUAGGAAUUUUCUUUCUUAAAGCAGUAGUGAAGACUGUAUCUAUCCUUUCCCAGCACUGAAUGUUUUAAUAGCACUGGGUGCUCACCAUGGAGAAAAUGUGGAAACUCAAAAGGUCAGGACAGACUCUAAGCACUUGCAACUGAUGUUACUGGCAUCAAUUUUAAUAAUUCUCAAUAUUUGUAGUUUUCAGAGAAGUUUUUAAUAUUUCUCUGUCCACUUUUAUAAGCUUUAAAAUGAUUCUCCGCCUUGAGACUUGCAUCAAGGAAAGCAACUCUCGUCACAUCGAAAGCUUUGAAGACUAGGGACGUGCUUUACACAUUUUAGAAAAUGUGGUUGAAUCCACAUGAGGUAGCAUCAGUUGUUGAGUUUAAAGAUCGAUUAUUGUUGCAUUUGAUCAAAUGAAUUUUAAAAGGAACAUAAUGUUUAAUAUUCAAACGAUAACAGUUGCCAGAAUGUUCUUUUUAAUGUAAAAGGAACAGGAACUUUGAAAAGUGAACAU